AUGAAGUUAACAACCUGUCAAAUUGCUAAAUUAUUUCCGCUGUUGACAGCCUUCUUCUUCCUCAAUUCUCCCAGCGCAGCCUCAUUAUCCUUCGGUUUGAGUCCCACCUUCGCCUCCGCCUCCAGCUCCUUGUCCUUGUCCCCGUCCUCGUCCUCCCACUUCCACUCAGAAAGACCCCUCCGCUCGGAUGUACUCGUCCUGCGAGCGGCCAAGCCAGUCAGAGCCUUUGCAACAAACGCAGAUGCGGCUACGCGGCCCGUGCCAGCGACAGCGGCAGCAACAACACUUGGCAGCAAGUCAAUUUGGCCGACAGCUAUACAAACAAAAAGUCCGCGUAAUGCGCGUGAAGCUGGACGUCACAAACGUCAAAUGCAACAGCCCGCAAUCCAGCAGCAACCACUGCAGCAGCAGCAACAGCGCAUUAAUCCCCCGCAGCAAAAGCGACAGCAGCAGCAAGUGCAACAUAAGACUCAACGAGUGGGCGUUUUGAUACCUGCUUCGCUGCACGUUGAUUUGACGCAUGUACAACAGGGCUUUCAGAAUUUCCUCGACUUUUUCCAACUGCAUUUAUUUAAUGUCACCGUCGAUUUUCUACGUGAUGUGGACUUAAGCGGCUUCAUUAAAUUACUCGAGCUGCCCAAGUACACGAGCGUUAUAAAGACUUUAAAUGCGGGCAUUAUGGUAGACAGCCACGUGGACGUGGACCAAAAUUCCAAUAUGGACAUUGGCACGCCCAGCCAGCCACGUCAGCAACAUCGACUGCAUUCAAAGCAGGAGCAGGAGCCACAUCGUCAUCAUCAUCAGGACUCCAAAGCAAAACAGUUUCCAGCGGGCGAGGAGGAAUCCCAUUCAUCCGGCGAGACCGGGGAAAAUCAUUGGAACGACGCCCGCAGCUUCUCGGGUCACUGUCAUCAGCUGGCUGAGCAACUGGCCCUCGAUUUCAAUAAGACCGUCUUCCUGUGGCCCUGCCCGCGAAUGAAAAUCUCCAGCAAUUUUCUGCCGUCAUUCGAAGCAAUUUCCCUAGCUGUACAAAGCAUUUCCACCAAGUUGAACUGGUCGCAAGUUGAUAUCUAUAUUGGCGACGACAAUUGGGGCCUAGGACUGGCAAUCGCCGCCAACUUGCAUGUGCCGUACCGCAUCGAAAUUGGCAGGACAAUACGUGACCUGCAUUCGCAGGAUAAGCCGGGCAAAGCAAUUAUUAUCACAGCCCCGCUGAGCGAUGCGAGCACCACCCUCCUGUUGUCCACCAUCGAGUUGGACUGGACGGAGCAGGCGAGGAAGGACGGCCAGGGGUCGAGGCCCAGGAGGCAGCACACCAAAAUCCUGCUCAUCGACAUGGCGGCCAGCUCAUUGGACACCCAGCACGGGUUCUACAAAUAUUUGGCUCGAAUGGGUGGGUCACAGAGUGACGCCUCCGCACGCAACACGGGUUCUCCGGCCGAAAUGGUCAGCAGCAAUCUGUUGGUGCUGACUCUGCUAAACGACAGACAUCGACUCUUUCUGAAUGCGGCCGGACUGAUGGCAACAAUGCAGAAUUUUCGCCCUCCCCUCAACGGCAACCACAAGGAUCCACCACCCUCCGGCCAUCGCAAUGCCAGUCUGCACAAACUGUACCCGUACCGCAAUCUCCUCCCGCUCUACGAUACGAUUGUGACCACCACUACCCAAUCGGACACUUCAGAAACCAGUGCCCAAUAUGAUUUUGUGGUGCUGGACAUCGUUAGGGACGCCCCGGUCGCCACCUACAAGUGGCGGCCACUGCUCAUUCUGGAGAGCGACCCAGGAAGUCGAGGAAGUGGGUCGGAGGUGGAAGGGAGUGGCUCUUACAUCUCCCACUCCAUACACCCUGGAUACGACGAGUGGUUGCUGGUCAGCAGUGUCCUCCUGUGGCAAUGUGGUGCCAUCUGCUGGACCAUCGCGGCGAUCUGUGUGGGCCUGUUGGUCAUCAUGAUAGCGGGCAUAGUAGCCGGGGGAAUCGCCAUGAGGAACUACUUCUUACGUAAGCGUCUCUCCAAGGGGCCCAACAAAAUAGUCCUUUCUGCCAGCGAUUUUGUUUUCCCAGUGGAUUCCCGAAGGGUCGAUGAGGGCAUAGAGGCCAUGCUAUGCUGUUGGCUGCAGCAGCUGCAGGAGUUUGGAGGCCCGGAAGUAGACAAGCCGGAUCUUCUUAAGGGUUCCAUUGGCUCCCUGAAGAAUCUAGGUUUCGUGAUUCCCGGUGCAGCCGCGCCGGGUUCGGCUGGAGCCAUCACAGCCACGGCGAACGGGAAAAGCGGCUCCUCCGCCACUGGCAGCUUAGCCAGGCACAACCCUGCCCAUCUGGACAUGAGAGCUCGGUAUAAUGGAGAUCUCGUGCAGCUCAAGGAGGUGAAUAUAAACGGAUCUGCGGAACUGCGCACCAAGGCAAUGGAUCUACUCGUAAUGGCCCAUGGGCUGAGGCACGAAAAUAUAAACCCCUUAAUAGGCUGGCUAUCUGAUCCCAACCGCACGGCCAUGGUCUUUGAUUACUGCUCCAGAGGAUCGCUGCAAGAUGUGCUUAUCAUGGAUGAGAUCAAGCUGGACUGGUCAUUUCGGCUGAGCUUGCUUACGGAUCUGGUCAGGGGCAUGCGAUACCUUCACACCUCGCCUUUGAGAGUCCAUGGGGCCUUGACCUCGAGAAACUGCGUAGUGGAUGCCCGAUGGGUCCUGAAAAUCACCGACUAUGGGUUGAAUUCCUUUUAUGAAUCGCAGGGCCUUCCGCCAAGACCCAGGAGUGCCAAAGAGCUGUUGUGGACAGCUCCAGAGCUCCUUCGAAACAUGAAGCUCCACCAGCAUCAGCACCACCAUCACCAUCAGCACGGCCGGAUUCAGUUGGGAACCCAACUCGGAGACGUAUAUUCCUUCGGAAUCAUUAUGCAGGAGGUGGUGGUCAGGGGAGAGCCCUACUGCAUGCUCUCCCUCUCGCCGGAGGAAAUAAUAGUCAAAAUUAAAAAGCCCCCGCCUCUGAUACGGCCGUCCGUUUCCAAGGGAGCCGCUCCCCCGGAGGCCAUCAAUAUCAUGCGUCAGUGCUGGGCCGAACAGCCUGACAUGCGUCCCGACUUCAACUCGGUGUAUGAGCGCUUCAAGAUGCUGAACCAUGGACGCAAGGUAAACUUUGUGGACACGAUGUUCCAAAUGCUCGAGAAGUACUCGAAUAACUUGGAGGAGUUGAUUCGGGAGCGCACUGAACAACUGGACAUUGAACGAAAGAAGACUGAACAGCUGCUGAAUCGCAUGUUACCAAGCUCGGUUGCUGAAAAACUAAAGAUGGGCUUGGCCGUCGACCCGGAAGAAUUUUCCGACGUAACCAUAUACUUCAGUGACAUUGUUGGUUUUACAACAAUCGCCGCCCAUUGCAGUCCUGUUCAAGUUGUGGACUUGCUCAACGAUCUCUAUACGAUCUUCGAUGCCACAAUUAACGCCUACAACGUGUACAAGGUGGAGACAAUCGGCGAUGCGUAUAUGGUGGUUAGCGGACUACCUGUGAAAAUACCCGACCAUGCUGAGCAGAUAGCUACCAUGGCCUUGGAUCUUCUGCAUCAAAGUGGUCGUUUCAAUGUGAAGCAUCUUCCCGGAGUUCCACUCCAACUGAGAAUCGGCCUCCACACGGGUCCGUGUUGCGCCGGAGUGGUGGGUCUCACGAUGCCCAGGUACUGCCUUUUUGGGGACACAGUGAACACGGCAUCGAGAAUGGAGUCGACCGGAUCCUCCUGGCGCAUCCAUAUGUCCCAGGAGACGCGGGAUCGACUGGAUGCUCGGGGUGGCUAUGCCAUCGAGCCAAGGGGUCUCAUCGACAUCAAGGGAAAGGGCAUGAUGAACACCUUCUGGCUGCUGGGAAAAAAAGGAUUCGACAAGCCGCUGCCGGCACCGCCGCCUAUUGGAGAAUCUCACGGCUUGGAUGAGUCCCUUAUACGCAACUCAAUUACGCUGAAGGCGCAGGCCAACAAGUCUCGGACGAGCACAAAUCCCUCCUCUUCGCAGAGCUCCUCGCUGGCUGGGGAAUCCGUCGAGGUGAAGGUCGAGAUAACACCGCCCACCAACGCGGACUUGGCUUCCGGGGCCAAUCUUCCCAACUCAUACUCCCUGGACUCCAAUUCCACCAACACAAUUAGCCCCAACGCCACCCUUUGUCCGGAGUUUCCGGGCAAGACAACCCCCAGCAGUACCAGCCCACAGUCGCGGAAGCUUUCCGAACUGACUCCAGAUAAUCUACUCAACCCAAACAGCUUCAACCGGCUGCCGAGCUCCACAGGAGGAUCCAGCUCCAGGCUGUACAAAAAGAUCGAGGAGAUGAUGGACCUCAGCUCGCCGUACAACCACUACAAAUGCCUUAGUCCCAGCGAGAGCAACCUCACUCAGUUCUACGACGGGAAAUACCUCUACGGCAGUGCGGCGGGCGGAGCGGGUGGUGGACAAGCGGGCGGAGGCGCCUGCCCCUCGAUAGCCUUGAGCGGCAGUGGGUGUGGGGGAGGAGCCUCUCGGUUCGACAGCAAGCCCGGCUCCAGUCGCCUCCUGCGUCGGCAGUUCAGCUUGGAUCGCGACGACCAGCAGGCGAAGGGAGAGCAGCAGCACCACCAGCACUCCCUGCAGGCAAACACCUACUCGGGCCUGGUGGGCGGUUGUGGUGGGGGUGUCAAGAGCUCCAUGCUGGACAUACCUCUUUUGCACGACACUACUCGCAGUCCCAAGGGAACGCUAACACGGUCCCACAAGCAGAACUCCGCCUCGAUCACCCAGGAUUUGGAGAAGAUCGAGGAGAUCCCGCUGUCGCCGGCCUCCUCGCAGCACCACAGUAGCCUGGACAGCAACCUAAACCGCAGUCCGCCAUCAACGGUGGAGGCGCAGUCGCCGCCGCUGCCGCCCAUGAGUCCGCCCCAGCUUUCCGCCCCCACAUCGCCGGCCCCGUCCAGGACUUUGAACGGGAUCUAUGCCCACAACAGCAAUAGUGCCAGCUCCAAUGGAGCGGCCAACAACAAUAAUGGCACCCAUCCCGGCCCAGAGCUGACCCUUAAUGCAGAGCAGCUGCUGAGCAGAUAGGGCACAAUCUAAGGCCCCCAGACAGGGCGCCGAACAAAGCUUUAGGUCUCAUCCGAACCGAGUUUGAGUGUGCGAGUGUGUGAUGGGGGGGAGGUCAAGCUGGAGAAAUGUUGUCCAACACCCAUGUUUCACCGACACACACUUUUUAUAUAUUUUCAUAAAAGAUGCCUUGAAAAUUGGGUUUCGGGUCGUGUGGAGUUGAAUGUGCCAGUGGAACUAAUCAAUAAACCAGUACAAGCUAAAAUAAAGCUUUUUGCCGAACUAUAUCCUUUAUUUUUAAAUAGUAAAAUAACCAUUGGCCUCUACGUUUAAACGUUCUUAAGUAAUAAUUGAUUCUUAAAGCGUCAGAUAUUUUGGUUUUUUGCAACACUUAGCAUACUUAGUGGCAUUCAAAAUGGGGAUAGCAUAUAAAUGUACUAUUUAAGCACAAAUGAAUGAAUACUUCCAAGUAUGUAUUCCAAACAUGGAAAAGUCCAGCCCAAUUUGGUGAAAACUCAUCCUCGGACAACAUUUCCCCAACGAUUCGUCCCAGUCCCAGAGUGUGAGUUUGUGAAUGAUAUCAAUUUGAAAAUGUUGUGAUGUGAAAGCAAAGAUUUGCGUUUCUCAAAUAUAGAUCCGGAAUCUGUUUAUUUCUUGGAAAACAGGUCCUUAGCAUUUAGUUGUACCCAGUGUUCAUAUUAAAUGGAUAACGACUUUGCUAGGUUGCUGAUCUUAAUAAAAUAUUCUUAUUUACUAGUUUAAUGAUGGAAAUGCAAUAACUGAAUGGCAAAUUAAAUGUAUUCGAUUAAUUCUUUCCAAUUUACGUAACCUACACGUAACCCAAUUGCGUGAACUUAGUAAUCAUUUGAAAACUUCAUAUAUGAUUUGAAGCGUGACAGGUAACAGAAAAAGGAACCAUUGUAAACUUUUCUACAUAUAUUCAAACCAAACUAACAAAUAAAAUUGUAAUCAAAAUGUCUGCAUACUAAAUAUCGGAUCUAAAAAUGCUGGCUGUUCUUUUGUUUCACUCGUGUGCAUGUUCAAAUAUAUACAUAUGUAUACCUACUUAUAACUAUGGGUACAUGAAGUUCCUUUUAUAAUAACAAAUAACAAAUUAGAUUAAUUGGGAAUAUUAAUGAAUAUAGUGGACAUUAAAAAAUAUCUAUGGAAUAAGCGUCGCAUACGUGAAUUUAGUUUUCUAAAGACAAUCGUUGUUACUUUAAAGAAAAACAAAAGGUAGAAAAAUAUUAUUAGUCCCCAUGUGAUCGAGAAGGGUUUGUCUCCGUGUCAUAAUAUAAUUUAUAUUUUGUAACCUAGAUGUAUUGUAAUCUCCAUCUAUCCCAUGCGUAUGUGUCGAAAAUAAAUAAUAGAAUUCGCAUAGAAAAAUUGACCUGGCUUGGUUGGAGGCUGAACGAUUGAUAAGGUUCCAGUUGGCAAAGUCCCUGACGUGGUUUCCUAAAUGCCUGGCACAAACUAUCUAUCUCAAUGUUAUUACAAACAUACAGCACACAAAAUAUUGAACAUUUUUCAACACUGCAAAAUAAGUUUUAUUCUUUCUGGAACCGAACGCGAUUCGGUUCAGAUCCAGUUCAUUCCCGAAAAACAUCAGGGCUCGGUGUUACUGGAUCACAGUCCUGGUCUGUAGUCUC